ACUUGGGUUGGAGGAGCGUACAUUAAUGGGACAGCAGAAGCACUCUACAAUGGUGGUGUUCUCGGCUGUCAAGCACCUAUAGGUUAUGCGCUAUCGCUCAUCAUGGGUGGAUUGUUGUUCGCGAAGCGGAUGAGGGAAGAAGGAUACGUAACGAUGCUGGAUCCUUUUCAGCGUGAUACUCGAACUGUGAAUUUCGCAAUUCGUUUUUUUGUACUUUUGGUGUACAUUACGCAGUCCAUUUCAGGUGCUACCCUUUCUGUAAUUCUACAGAUUGAUAUAAAUCUAUCGGUGAUCAUUUCCGCUCUAAUUGCGGUUUUCUACACAUUCACUGGCGGAUUAUAUGCCGUUGCGUAUACCGAUGUCGUGCAACUUUUCUGUAUUUUUGUUGGUCUGGUAAGCUCUAUCUUUCUUGAUUGGUAUUUUUGCAGAAGAAAUGACACGACAAUAAAAAAUGAAACACAUUCACCAAUCAAAUAUGGUCAACGUGUAGGAGGUUUAAUGUUUCUGCCUGCACUUCUCGGAGAAGUAUUCUGGAGCGCUGCUAUCUUAUCAGCUCUCGGUGCUACUCUUUCUGUAAUUCUACAAAUUGAUAUAAAUCUAUCGGUGAUUAUUUCCGCUCUAAUCGCGGUCUUCUACACAUUUACUGGCGGAUUAUAUGCCGUUGCGUAUACCGAUGUCGUGCAGCUUUUCUGCAUUUUUGUUGGCUUGGUAAGCUCUCAAUAA